UGCAAUGCGCAUCUUAUUUCGAACGCAUGAGUUUGUAAUAUGAACCUCAGUAUCGGGCUGCGUGUCGUGUUUACAGCUUGUUCUAUUUAGAAAACAAAUACUUUUUGCAAGUAAACAUGUACAAAAUAUCAACGGUAAUAAAAAGACUUGAAAUAGGGUCUGUUUGUGCAAAGUUAAGUUCAACGGCCGAGCGGGUAGUGCAAGAACAUGUUAUAAAAAUAAAACCGUUCGAGGAUAUACCUGGGCCUAAGAGCUAUCCACUUGUUGGGACAUUACAUAAAUAUCUGCCGGUACUAGGCGACUACAACGCCAACUCCCUAGACAAGAAUGCGUGGCUUAACUACCACCGGUACGGCAAUCUUGUCCGUGAAAAUCCGGGUGUCCGGCUACUCCACGUGUACGACCCGGACGACAUCGAGGCCGUGUUCCGGCAGGACGAGCGGUACCCGGCGCGGAGGAGCCAUGUCGCCAUGCUGCACUAUAGGCUCGGCAAGCCGAAAGUUUAUAGAACUGGCGGGUUGCUUUCUACGAACGGCCCGGACUGGUGGAGGCUUAGGAGCGCGUUUCAGAAGAACUUCACAAGCCCUCAAAGCGUCAAGGGCCACGUCGCGGACACAGAUGACAUUGUGAGGCAGUUUGUGCAAUGGGUCAAAACAGAGAACGUGACGUCUAACGAUGACUUCCUGGCGUAUCUGAACAGACUGAACUUGGAAGUAAUCGGCAAGGUAGCGUUCAACGAGCGCUUCAACAGUUUCUCAGAGGAAGAACAAGAUCGUCGGUCUUGCAGCAGUAUGACGAUUAAAGCUGCCUUCGGUUCCAACGCGGGGAUUAUGAAACUAGACAAAGGUUUUCUUUGGAGGAAAUUUAAGACGCCUCUGUACAGAAAGUUGGCUAAUUCUCAGGAGUACUUGGAGAAGGUAGCGAACAGAAUACUUUGGUCACAAUUUCGAUUCUUCGCAAUAGAUCCUCUGAACCACUCACUUUUGGCAUCUUUCCUACAACAAGAUAACGUCAAUUUGAAAGACAUUUUAGGAAUGAUGGUCGAUAUUCUAAUGGCUUCUAUUGACACGACGGCGUAUUCAACAAGCUUUGCCUUGUAUCAUUUGGCUACCAACCCAGAAUGCCAAGAGAAACUGUUCCAAGAGGCCCUUACAAUCCUACCAAGUAAAGACUCACCACUGACCCCGGAAGCAUUAUCAAAGGCGCAUUACCUACGAAGCUGUGUCAAGGAAAGUUUGAGGCUAAAUCCAGUGUCCAUAGGUGUGGGCAGAUUGCUUCAAAAAGAUAUUGUUUUGAAAGGAUAUCGUAUACCUAAGGACACAGUAAUAGUAACCCAGAACAUGGUGGCCAGCCGCUUACCCCAAUACGUGCGGGAACCCCUAAAGUUCACCCCGGACCGUUGGUCUCGCAACUCGCCGCUCUACGAGAACCUGCAUCCGUUCCUUAGCCUGCCGUUCGGCUUUGGGCCUCGGUCUUGUAUCGCUAGGAGACUUGCUGAGCAGAAUAUAUGCAUUACUUUGAUUAGGAUGGUACGUGAAUUUGAGCUCUAUUGGGCAGGCAAAGAACUUGGAAUCAAAACGCUGCUUAUCAACAAACCGGACCAACCUAUAAUGUUGGAUUUUAAAAAUAGAACUACGUAA